GCAGCCAAUAGGCACACAAGCACAUGGUCCUGCUAACAGGAAAACCACGUGACGCUGACUACCUGGCUCCCCCUGCGUGCUCGUUGGCUGACACUUGCCUUUGUGUCAUAUCGCCACCUCCUCCUCUGAUAACCUGUUCUGAGGAGCGAGCAGCCCUGGAAGAUGAUGCUGUGUCCGCUGCUGCUGUCUGUUCUUGCAGCCCCUUUCGUAUCGGGGACCCCCAGUGAGCGCCAAGAAGAGGGCGCUGCCCCAGAAGGCUUCCAGGUGGUGCGAUGGGAAUGGCACACAGUACAGGCUCCUUAUCUGGUGGCCGUGUGGAUACUGGUGGCAAGUCUGGCAAAGAUCGUAUUCCACCUUUCCAGAAAAGUGACCACAGUGGUUCCUGAGAGCUGCUUGCUAAUUAUACUUGGUCUGGCCCUUGGAGGGAUUGUGUUGGCCAUAGCACAGAGGGCACAGUUCCAGCUGGAACCCAGUAUGUUCUUCCUGUUCCUGCUUCCUCCUAUUGUAUUGGAUUCUGGUUAUUUCAUGCCAAGUCGGCUGUUCUUUGACAAUAUCGGUGCAAUUCUGAUGUAUGCUGUAGUGGGAACAAUUUGGAACUCCUUUGCCACUGGUGCCGCCCUAUGGGCAGUGAAAUUGGUUGGUCUUAUGGAUUCACAGGUGAAUGCUGGUCUAAUGGAUUUCCUGCUCUUUGGAAGCCUGAUUUCAGCUGUAGAUCCUGUUGCUGUAUUGGCUGUGUUUGAGGAAGUCCAUGUCAAUGAAACUUUAUUCAUUAUAGUCUUUGGAGAAUCUCUGCUGAAUGAUGCUGUGACUGUGGUCCUAUACAAAGUUUUUAACUGUUUUGUUGAAAUGGGCCCAGAAAAUGUCAAGCCCAUGGAUUACCUUAAAGGCGUUGCCUCCUUCUUCGUGGUGAGUCUUGGUGGCACAGCCAUUGGUCUAGUGUUUGCCUUUCUACUAGCCCUUAUCACUAGAUUCACAAAGCGUGUCCGCAUCAUAGAGCCUCUCUUCAUCUUCCUUAUUGUCUAUCUGGCCCACCUUACUGCAGAGAUGGUGUCACUCUCCUCCAUCCUAGCAGUAACAUUCUGUGGCUUGUGCUGUAAGAAGUAUGUGGAAGCGAACAUCUCAAAUAAGUCCAGGACCACUGUAAAAUACACAAUGAAAACAUUAGCAAGCAGCUCAGAGACCAUUAUCUUUAUCUUCCUUGGUAUAUCUGCAGUGGAUACUUCCAAAUGGAUGUGGGACACUGCUCUUGUCCUGUCUACACUUAUCUUCAUCUUAACUUUCAGAGCAAUUGGUGUUGUCCUACAGACCUGUGUUUUAAAUCGCUUUAGACUUCUUCCCCUGGACAAGAUUGACCAAGUUGUGAUGUCAUAUGGUGGCCUGCGAGGGGCAGUUGCCUUUGCAUUGGUAAUUCUUCUGGAUGGCUCAAAGGUUAAGGCAAAAGAUUAUUUCGUGGCAACAACUAUAGUGGUGGUGUUUUUCACAGUAAUGUUUCAGGGUCUGACCAUCAAGCCUCUAGUCAAAUGGCUAAAGGUAAAGAGAUGUGAUCACCACAAGCCAACUCUAAAUGAGGAGCUACAUGAACAUGCCUUUGAUCACAUAAUGGCUGCUGUAGAGGAUAUUGUAGGUCACCACGGUUACCAUCACUGGAGAGACAAAUGGGAACAAUUUGAUAAGAAAUAUCUGAGCCAGUGGUUAAUGAGGAAAUCGGCUUAUCGGAUCAAAGAUGAAAUUUGGGAAGUCUGCUACAAACUCAAUAUUCGUGAUGCUCUAAAUCUAGCAGAUCAGGGUGGCCAUAUUGUAUCACCUGACAGACUGUCUCUGCCAUCAAUGCCAAGCCGUGCUUCGAUGUCUGAGACCUCCGUGACUAAUCUCCUAAGAGAGAAUGGGAGUAAGGCGUGCUUGGAUCUGCAAGUCAUAGACACUGUAAGAAGUGGGAGAGACAAGGAAGAUGCUGUCAUGCAUCAUGUACUACGUGGAAGCCUAUAUAAGACUCGCCGGAGGUGCAAAGCACACUACAGCCGACAUUUUAUGACCCCAGAUGAGCAAGCUAGACAGGAAAAAGAGGUAUUCCAGCAAAAUAUGAAGCGACGACUGGAGUCAUUUAAGUCUACCAAACAUAACAUCUGUUCAGCCAAGUCCCGUGCUAAGAAAGAUGGUCGCAAAAAGAGAAGAAAUAGUUUGGAAGUGGAUGGAAGAAAUGGAAGAGAAAAUAAAGUUAGCUGGCAGAGCACAGCAUCUAUAGUGGUGACAGCUGAUUCUGAAGACGAAAGUUCAAAUAUUGAAGUUGAAGAGGAUGAAGGAAUUACUUUUGUGGCUAGAGCUACAGAUGAGAUUCUUCAGGGUGUAAAAGCAUCAAGCAUGUUGGGAGUCUGUCAGAGUCCCCAUAUUGUGCCACCCUCCCCAACAUUGGCUGAGAAAGUGCUACCAUGGAAAACAGAGCCUGAUGAGAACACGGUCUGCAUUUCAUCCGAAUCAACCAAAAUUUUUCCUGUGGACCUGCAGAAGUCCUGGAAGCAGAGCAUUUCCUCCCUAGAAAGCAUCGGUUCCCCUCCUGCUCCAGAUAUGCCCCAAGAUAGUGCAAAGUUCCUAAGGCAAGAUGUCAGGAGUCCAUCAGUACUUCAGACGUUGCCAGAGACGUGUAGCUGUUUUCCAUUUUCUAACUCUCCAGGACAAAAGAUGACUGUGCAUUUGGACCCUAUGCCUGUUCAGGAACAAGAACUGCAACCUCUCAUGCCAAGAAGAGAUGGCACUGGCAUGAGCCCCUUGGCAUCAAGACAUAGUCACAGCAAAAGAUUGCUGCAUCUGCACAGGCCUUCGAAAAUUUGACACAUUGGUUACGAGAAGCUGUGACCUUGCAAGUAGAGAAUGUUGCACUAAAAUGAUUACUCUCUAUUUAUAUAACGCUAAUAAAUUGUGCAGUACAAA